AUGCGCCGCAUGGCACCGCCGCAGUCGGGGCAUACGCACGGUGCGUCAUGCACGACCUCGGUGCGGGGCAAAUGGUCGGGCAGCGGCUGUCGAUACGGCUUGGCGGUCUCCCGUCUCGGUGGCCACCGGCAUCGCCGCCGUGGCGGCUUCGGCUUCACGCUCUUCCGUGCCGAGUCUGGAGUUGGUCAGCCUGAUGCGUCAAUUUCUCCGACGAACGGCCGAAGGCCAUGCGCCGCAGCCGCGCGAUCUGCAUCCGCAACUGCUCCAGCUCGGCGCCGGCAGCAACGAGCAUGGCCUUCAGGACGGCGAUAUCGUCAGGCAGCGAGGCGGCAUCGGGCGACACGCCCGCUUAUACCAGAACCCCCGUGCCGAUACACGCGAAAGCCGCAGGAAACCGCGCUUUUCUACCGUGCCAAGGUCGGCUGCGAGGACCGGAUCGGAUGCCGCCAGUCCACUCCCUCGAGCAGCAUCGACAACUGCGCCGGGGUCAGCACCGCCACACCGUCCGCGGUUGCCGGCGCCGUGAACCGGCCCCGUUCGAGACGCUUGGCAUGGAGCACCAGCCCCUGA